AUGUCCGCUACUCCACCUAAAAACGGUGAUACAUCCAGCUCCCCUGACGUCAGGCCACAACCCCCUCUUGCAAGGCAGACUAGAUCUGAUUUUGACCUCGAGCCUAAUCCAUUCGAGCAAUCCUUUUCUCGUCCAUCCCAUGUCCGCCAUUCCCCUCCAUCCAAACGUGAUUCAUCUAGUCCAGUAUCUCUACAUGACAGACCACCCUCUGCUGCUUCAAAUAAAAAUUCAAAGGAUGGUAGGUCUACUUCUCCGAGACCAGUACUACCCCCUUUGGCAGCCAUAGCAUCUCCCACUACAGAUCAAUCUUAUGGCUGGCAAUUUUCUUCAUCUCUUGCAAACUCCCUUCGCGCUGGUCCACUCUCCCCCGCCAUGCUAGCCGGCCCACAGCAGGGUUCAGACUCCGCAUCCCAUUUGCCUUUUGACACCUCUUUCCGAACCGGUUUGACACCCCGCACCGGUCUUACACCCCGCACAGGAUUGACACCAGGCACCGGCUUGACACCCCUGGUAGGGGGUCCUGUCUCUUUCCCCCCUCCGUCCCCAAAUACUGCCGCUUUUUUGGCGCUUAUGAAUAAUAAUGCGGGCGCUAAUUCAAACGCGACUAUAACACCAAAUACCCUUAGCGCAAUUACAGGUGUUCUUAACUCCUCUUCAGCGCAAUAUAGUUCUGUCACACAUGCUCCCACAACUAGUUCUCACCUAUCCACAUCCGUCACUGCUAAUCAGGAAAACAGUGAUCCUCCUUACCUCAGCGCAUCCUCUGCCGCAAGCACGGCUGCAAAUGGUUUAUAUUUGCUUUCUCAAGCUCAUCAGGAGCUUACGAAACGUGAAGAGGCACAGGCACGUGCCAACAAUGUUGCAAAUGCAACUAACGGAAGACGUGGUGUAAAGCGCAAAUCGUACGAUCAAGCAAGUCCACCACCCCAACCUGCUCCCACAGCCCGUGCCCAAUCUCAGCAGCAACAUACUUCUCCCGUUAAGCGCGCACGCGCUAACACUGUAACCAGUGUCAGCACCAAUGGUCGUGGUAAAGCAUCUACAGAUGAUGAGGAGGACGAGGAGGACGAGGAUGAUGACGACCUACCACCCUCUCACAAUGCUGGUGGGCGGAAGCAGACAAGGAAGCCCGAAACAGAGGAAGAGAAGAGACGUAACUUCCUCGAACGAAAUAGACAAGCCGCCCUAAAGUGUCGACAGCGCAAAAAGGCAUGGCUUGCAUCAUUGCAGGCCAAGGUCGAGUAUCUCCAGACGGAGAACGAGCGGCUGACAUCCGCUCUUGUCUCAUCGCGCGAGGAGAUCUCGCGGUUAUCUGCCCUCGUUGGAGGUGCCGUCAUUGGACCAGGGGGACCGACUGUCGGUCCAGGAGUGGGCCCACCACCAGUAGCGGUCAAUGGCGUGGUCACGAAUGGCCAACCUAUCAGCAUGAACAUGAAUCUUGUUGCCAAGGGCGCACCCGCCACCUCUGGCCGCGCGAGCUAUGGGUACUAA